AUGGUAUCCUCAGUAUUAUGCUUUUGUUCACUUUUCUCCUUCUUAUUAAUUCCCACUUUUCCCUCUAUCCUCUUCUUAUUUUCCAUACCCCACUCAACUGUGUGUCGUUUGAUCAUGUUUGAUUUCCCUUUUUAUCACUGCUUUCUGCUACUGUUAACACUCUCGAUCGAAUGUAUACAUGCUACCCGAGAUCAUGCUAACCCAUCUAAACCAUCAUUCUCUUCUGCUAUUGCACCGUUUUUUGCAGUUACGCUAUUCUUGUAAAACUACUUCUAUCUGACAUUAUUCUGUUUCCAUUUCUACUGGGCCGGAAUGUCGUAGCCGACGC